CUUACAACCUUAUAUCUUCAUUCCUUAACGGAAAAGAGGAAAACGUGGUUGUGUUUUUACUUUGGAUCACAUUUCCGGUAUAUUAACUACAGCGCUUUUGUUAAUAAUAUGCAGUCAUGUUCAUCAAAAGGCAGAGAACUACAACAUCUGUUGAGAAAAUACAUUCGCGUCAAUAUCUGUUGAGAAAAUGCAUUUGAAAAGCUAGAAUGAGUCAAGUUAUAGCAGAAAAAACAAAGAUACCUACAGUUUUCAACGUGUCCAAACAAGAGAGAGAAUAUUUAUAGAGCAUGUCGAUGUUAUGGAAGAGAAAUGUCUUAGUUGCAACACCUUUUGUAUUUCUGUAUUUUAUGUUAUGGAGUAACGUCGAGGUCAUGAAUUCUGACUACAAAACUCGGUUCUCUUCUCCAGAACAGCAAGAUAAAUAUCUUCCAGUGCAUGGGAAGUUAAAAGAGGAUCUCAACGCAUUUGAACCAGAGGCUAACGAAGAUAUUCAGACGGUUGAUUCAGAAAAUCCCAGAAUUCCUCAUAUCAUGCAUUUUAUUUUCAUAACAGGUUUAAAAGGCAAACAUGGGAUUCCUAGUAUGUAUAGAGAUAAUGUUAUGUCAUUUUUACAUUUUAAUCCGAACUGGACUUAUUAUUUCUGGUCGGAUGUAUCAGCGCGUGAGCUGAUUGCAACGCGACAGCCUGAUUUACUGUCUAUAUAUGAUAACAACCCAGACGUUGUAUACAAAGCAAAUGCCUUACGAUAUGUUUUACUUUACGAAUUUGGAGGUGUUUAUACCGAUUUAGAUAUAAAAUGUUUACGACCACUAGACCGAGCAACAAUGAAAUAUGCAUGUAUACUGACUCCAGAACCUUUCGAGCACAGCGCGAUUCUUUAUAAAAUGUCAUAUUACUUCAGUAAUGCAGUGAUACUGUGUAGACCAAAACAUCCGUUUUUCAAACAAGUGAUUGAAUCACUCCCAAAAACAGCUAAAUUGAAGGAUAGAUUGGAAGCAGAUGGAACAAAGUUCUUUACAAAGCAAUUUAGUCUUUAUAACAAGAUCCAGCCGAACGAGACCUUCAACAUUACAUCUUCUACCGAGAGUAAUUCCCCAUAUUUUUACCGAGGAGAGUCAGACCACAACGAUGCAACAUAUGUAGCAAAUACACAAUAUUUCACGAGUUCGUUUGAUUUCAGUGCAAAUUCUCAGUUUACUGUUUUCUGUAAAAAAUAUAGCUCAUACUAUGAUAUUGUUAAGCGUGGGUGUAACUUGUGGGAGAAAAGGAAAACAAACAAAACCAGAAAUCCAUUUUCUUUUACCGAUCAUAGUUGGAAGCAUAUAUACUCGAUAAUGAACACAACACAGAUGACCCCUAUACAAUAUAUUAUACCACAGAUAAAAGUAUAUAAUGCAAGUUCAGGAAUGCUAGACAUAUAAAUACUUACAUAUUAACUGCUUCCUAUUUUGUAUAUUUAUUUUGCUGGUGUUUUCUUUGCGAAAGAAACAGACAAAUACGAAAAAUUAUAGAGGCAAAAUCAUAUUAUAUUCAAUGUAAGUUAAGUUUUAAGUUUUUUGUGGGGAUCAUAGAGUCCAUUCAUCAUUUCUCCAAAACAGAAUUCUGUUUUUGUCGGUGCUUGGGGUGAGAGGGGUGUUCUAUAUUUAUUACAUCUCAUGAACAGAUCUAGUCAAACCGGGAAGAUUCCAAAGAAUUUUUAAAGUGCUUUACAAAAAAGAUUUAUGUGUGCUAUUACACAUUUACAAACCCUCAUCUGUAUACCCCAGAGAUCUUUUGUUAUGCAGAGGUAUUGCACUGGAUGUGGGUUUAUAAAAUAUAUUGCAGUAUUAUGAUUACACGCCUUAGUGGUUUGUUCGGGGUACGUUAUUUUCUGAAAUGCAUUGUGGCAUUCGACAAGGAUGUAUACUGUCACUUUCACUAUUUAUUGUAUGCAUUUGUGACCUGGCAAUAUCUUUAAAAUCCCUGCGAAUUGAUAUUCAUAUGAAUGUAUGUAUCAUGAUACGUUCUGCAUGUAUGUGCAAUUUUGUUAAAUGCUUUAAAAAAACCGUUAUUCUAACAAUGAUAUUGAAAUCAACAGUAGUAAAAAUAAUAAUUUCCUACUACCUAUUACCAGUAGCAUCUUUGUAUGUGGCAAUUGUAGAUAGCUAUGUUUAUUUAGAAUAACUUUUAGGUUGGAAUUUUAUUGCAAAGGUAGUAGUUAAAAUGCAAGUAGUGCAUUAGGGCCAUUAAGUUGAUGUAUAAAACAAAUUAUUUGAUUUUGUUAUCUGGCUCGUGAUCAGUUAUGGUCUGCCGGUUUUUGGCAUUCUUUUCUUGUAUUAAUGCAGU